UGCACAAGCAGAGCUGCUCGUCCUUGUACACAGAAGACAGACUCACAAGACUUGACUUAACAGCCACAGCAAGGAGAGGCGGGCGACACGACUCUACAGAAGCCAUUUCUCGGUGUUUUCUCGAGAAAGUUGUCAGCCUGUUUUUAGGUUGUUUUUUUUUCAGCGACAUAUCCAGGCUGUUUGCUGCUGUGUUUUGUGGCUUGUUUUUCUCGCGAGUUGGGACGUAAAAAACGGGAUUGAACUAACCAGCAGACAUUUUGUCAUUCCCCCCCUCAGACACACAUUUUUCACCCAGCAAACUUGUUCGACCUGGUUUAUUUAACAGAGUUUUUUUUGUAAAUCUUUAGUUAUUUUUUUGUAUUGUUUUAAGGUGAACCGAGUGAGUGUGAACUGUAAUUCCAAAUGUCCCACGGAGCGAUGUAUUAUUUUUGAUUGACAUCUUUUUUUUGGGGUGGGGGGAGUAUUAGCUUAGCCUAGAUGCUCGCUGGUUAGCUCUAACCACGACGUCAUUCCCAAACCAAAGUCAAAAUUGGAGUUUUUAUUUGGGUUAGGGUGAGUGUGUUUUGGGGAGGGAGGGGGCGUCUCGCUAGCUAGCUGUGAGCUCGACGCUGGACAGCUCCACUUGGACCAGUUCUUUUUGAGGGGGGUGGGGGGGGGGGACAAAGGAAAAAUAUCAACACAAGGCUUUUUGGUUUUAGGGGGGAAAAGACAGCAACAAGGGACUGACAUGAUGUUUCCACAAUCAAGACACUCAGCUUCAUCGCAGCAGCUGAAAUUCACAAUGUCCGACUCCUGUGACAGGAUCAAGGACGAGUUCCAGUUCCUCCAAGCGCAAUACCACAGCCUGAAGCUCGAAUGUGACAAGCUGGCCAGUGAGAAGUCGGAGAUGCAGCGUCAUUACAUCAUGUACUAUGAGAUGUCCUACGGGCUCAACAUUGAGAUGCACAAACAGGCUGAGAUUGUGAAGAGAUUAAACGGGAUCUGCGCACAAGUCCUCCCAUACCUGUCUCAGGAGCACCAGCAGCAGGUCCUGGCAGCCAUCGAGAGGGCCAAGCAGGUCACCCCCCCAGAGAUGAACUCCAUCAUAAGGCAGCAGCUCCAGGCCCACCAGCUGUCUCAGCUCCAGGGCCUGGCGCUGCCCAUGACCCCCCUGCCGCUGGGCCUGAGCCAGCCCAGCCUGCCCGCCGUCACCACCUCCUCCGGCCUCUUCUCCCUCUCUUCCCUGCUGGCCUCCCAGGCACAGCUGGCCAAGGAGGAGAAGGCCUCUCGCGACGCCGCCGACAGCCACCGCGAGGAGGACGGCGACAAGUCUGACUAAGCGGUGCCCCUCCUCGCCCCCGGCCUCUCUCUAUCUCUCUAUUUCUCUCUCACUCUCUUGAGGUUUCAACGCGGAGACAGCCCCCCCCCCCCACACACCCCCCGACUUUCACUCUUCUCCACGGAGACAAAAUGGCCUCCCGAGUUUCUCACCAGACUCCGAAUUUCUUCAUAUUUUCAUGACUCUUUUUUAUUGAAUGUUGAAAAAAAAAAGCUUCAAGCUUCAUGCUCUUUAUUUCUCCUUCCUUUUUUUUCCUUUCUCCUCCACCUGCCUUUUUUCUUCUACCUACAUUUAUCACGACUGGCGCUGCGUUCAAGACUGCUGGGAAGUAGGGAGUUCCCACCCUCUAUCCCCCAGGCAUUCCACCGGAAAGUAAAUAAACAAUGGGCAGUCAUUAUAAUGGCUUAAUCAAUCCGUUAAUUGAUUAAUCAUGUCUUCAAGUGAGGCACAAAGGAGUGCACUAUGGAUCGCAUUCGUAAAACACGGAUGUUAGGUUUAGCCAAGACUCUAAAUUGUCCUUAGCUGUUAAUGUCUGUUUGUUUACUUGGCAACCAGUCCAGGUUGUACCCAACCUCUUCUCCAAAAUCAGUUAGGAUUGACUCCAGCUCACCUGCAACCCUCAUGAAGACUUUGAAUUAAGGCUGAACGAUUUUGAAAAAUAAUCUCGUUGUGAUUCCCCCCCCCCCCCCCCCCCCCCCCCCCUCUUUUCUCUACUUUAUUAAUAUGUGAUUGUUUUUUUCAAGGUCCUCCUCCCAUACAUUUUUAACAAACGCUAGCAAUAAAUUAAUCUGUAUCACACAUUUAACAGAUUUAGGAUGCAUAAAUGUACUGGUACGCCGAAUUAAAAGCUAUAUACCAAAAAAAAACAAUUAAGCCCACCAACUAACCAAAAUUAGCAUUUUUUUCUUCCCAAAUUGCAGCCUUUACAAUUUGAAAAUUUCCUUCUUCCACAUUGCGAUGUCAAUUUGAAUUUGAUCAAUUGCUCCUUUUUUCAUGCAGAACAAACAGCUUGUCGGAAAAGCCCCUUUCCAUUAUAACCAAUACAUCUCAUUCAGAUCAUCUGAUGGAAUUUACCUUAUAUCUGAGAUUGGAAAUGUCCGUUUUCCCCAGUUUUCUUGAACGCAGCAGACAUGGUAAACACAGGAGUUGUUUGUCUGGCCUGUAAAACACACUUAAGUAUCCUAUAAACUUUUUUUUACCCCCCCUCAUGAGAUUGCACGUGUCGGAAUCUUUGAACUCUUCUGCAACCCAAAACAGCAGCACCUACAGAAGCAUGUAAACAGCCCUGGAGUCGGAAACGGGUUGUAUAAAUGUCUCAUUUCAUCGACGGUGUUGUCCACCCAGAUGGACUUAAAAGAUUAAGAGUGAUCUUGUUUGACAUCUUGCUAACCAAAACAGUAGCACCUACAGAGGAGGAUCUAGCCUUCAUGUAAAAGGCAAGCAGGGGGGUCAGUGUGGAAGAGGCGCAAGACCUUAGAUGAUGGUACGAGGGACUAUUAGGGUCACACUGGGGGAGAAUGAGAAGAACGGAUUUAGUUUUUUUUUCAACUCAUAAGAUCCUGACUUUUUUUUCUUUUCAUAAUAUUGCAACUUUUUCUCGGCAGUUAUUCUUGCAAAACUGCAUAGUUGUCAUCUUUUUGUCUCAAAAAAUGUGAUUUGUCAUGGAAUUUUUUUCUCUCAAUACAAUGAUUUAUUCUCAAAAGAAUAUAUCACCGAAGAAAAAAAAUCGGAUCCUUUUUUUCCCAAAAACAUGCAACCAUUCUCAUAGUAUUUCUUUCUCAAAAAAUAUGUCCUAUUUAAUCUUAAAGAUUUUCUUUAUUCUUGUACAGUCUUUAUCCAAGAAAUACGACUUACUGCUCAUAUUGUCUUUUUUUUUCUUUUAAAUUACUUUCCAUCUGAGAAAAAAAGUUGACUUUUGGCGCCCCCCCCAAAAUAUGAAUUUAUCUUCAUUCCAUUUAUUGACUACCUUAAAAAAAGUGACUUUUUCCCCCGCUCUUGAUUUUACAACUUCAUAAAAAAUUGUCUUAUCCAAAAAAAAACCUGAUAACAUGAUAAGCUGUCCACUGUGGUCACCGCUGUCCCUGAAAGGGUUAAAAUAAACACAUAAUCAAACUUUCUCUCAAAAAAAUAACACUUUUUAUCUUUCGGAAAGUAUGACUUAAUUUACCACUUUUUCUCUCAGAAAUAUCCAACUGUUAUUCUGACAACGUCAGCCUCAUCAUAUCGGUUUGUUCCUUUUCAGUGUAGGGCUAAGGCCAUAUGAUUCAAAAAUGUCUCAUGAUAUUUCAUGUCAGUCGAUAUCGAUAUGGAUUGAAAAAAAAUUGAAUUCACUGGUCAAUUUCAAGAUUAGGAGCACUAUGUGUUUAGUAGGGCUGGGCGAAUCACAAUAUAGGUGUCUGAUGUUAGUUUCUCAAUAGUUAAUUUUUUUUUUCAUAUCCAGAAAAA